AAAACGUCUAGUUGAGUGCCAAAAACAUGGAAUUUCACGUCAAAUAGCCAGUUAGUCUCUAUUUCCAGCUUCCAGCAUGCCGUUUACGACACCGCUGCUCUGAGAAGUUAUUUUUUUCUUGAAAAUCAUUGGUGCCGCCCGAGUGCUGCUUCAGUUUUUUUCAACCUUUCGGUCUCCGUCAAGCAACCUGACGCAAUGAAACUAGCAGGCAGAUGCAUCGAAAAGGACGGGAAAGGGUACGUUUCCCUGAUUCCUGAGGAGCCUGAGGACAUGUGGCACGCCUUCAAUUUGAUUUGCGAAGGUGACAGCGUUCGAGCAUCGACUGUCAGAAAAGUCCAAAAUCAAACAGCCACAGGUUCUUCAACAAGCAGCAAAGUUCGAACAACACUCACCAUUGCUAUCGAGACGAUUGAUUUUGAUACUCAGGCAUGUAUGCUCAGAUUAAAAGGCAGAAACACAGAAGAGAAUCAAUAUGUCAAGAUGGGUGCAUAUCAUACAAUAGACUUGGAGGUCAACAGGAAGUUUACUUUGUUGAAGCCUGAGUGGGAUUCGAUAUCUUUGGAAAGAGUUGACCAAGCGUGUGAUCCAACCCAACACGCUGAAAUUGCUGCCGUUGUCAUGCAAGAAGGAUUGGCUAAUAUAUGUUUAGUCACAUCUUGUAUGACCAUAGUCAGAGCUAAGAUCGAGCAGGCAAUUCCAAGAAAGAGAAAAGGUCACGCACAGCAGCACGAAAAGGGGUUGCAGCGAUUUUUCGAAAGCGUGCUUCAGUCUAUUCUCCGUCACGUCAAUUUUGAUGUAGUCAAAUGCGUUCUCAUUGCUAGCCCUGGUUUUGUGAAGGACCAAUUUAUGGAAUACCUGGUUCAACAGGCGUCAAAAACUGAUAACAAAGUUCUAAUUGACAACCGGUCAAAAUUCUUACUUGUUCAUGCGUCAAGUGGCUUCAAACAUUCUUUAAGAGAGGUACUGGCAGAUCCAGCAGUUAUUUCAAAAAUGGCAGACACAAAAGCAGCUGGUGAGGUGAAAGCUAUGGAGACUUUUUAUACUAUUUUGCAAACGGAACCAGCCCGUGCCUUUUAUGGUCCAGCACAUGUUGAAAAAGCAAACGCUGCGCAAGCCGUCGAGACUCUUCUUAUUUCGGAUAACCUAUUUCGUAUCCAAGAUGUAGCUCAAAGGAAAAAGUAUGUGGCUUUAGUUGAUUCCGUCAGAGAAAAUGGGGGUGAGGUCAAAAUCUUCUCCAGCUUGCAUGUGUCGGGUGAACAGCUAGCACAGCUCACUGGAGUGGCCGCGAUUCUACGUUUUCCAAUGCCCGAGCUAGAGGACGAGGAGGAAGAGGAAGUUGAGGAGGCAGCAGGCGGUGAGUCCAGCUCAGGAGCUAAUAUUAAAGUGAACGAAUGACUUCACUGCUCAGCCUUCAGUUCCUAUUCAAUUGACAUAUUCAAAAGUUCAUGCCGCAAUGCAUUUCCAUCAGGUUGUGAAAUUAGUAAAUCUUCGCCGCGGAUUCAAAAUUAGUCUCGUGCUGCAAAUCUAUUGUAAUUAGCCUCCCCUUAAUUUAUUUGUUGCAUUCUUACUUGGUCUUUGGACCAAAAAAUUACUGAAGAAGUGAUCGGUUUGAAUUAAUUUAGAGCCUUGAUGACACUCAAACCCGCUGACUUGCUCUUGCACGUCCUCCCUUUUUAUUUAACUACUUACUGUUGAAAAUGACUGAUUUAAAAAAGCGUUAAUUGAAUUGAAUCCUUUCUCAUUUCUAUUGAAGCUUUUUAAAUUCUUUGUUGCUAAUUAUUUGUGUAAGUGCUCUUUGCUGCUGCAAAGCCGAUUCUAAUUUUCAAAAUUUGAAAUCAAAAAAUCUCCAACCAAGUCAGUGGAUUUAUUUAUUUACAAUGAAUUAAAUUUUAAAGGAAACUAUUUGACGUCGCCCUCUUUCAAUUAGUGAAAUAAUUUGUGCUUUUCUUCAAGAUAAGUUAAAUAAUUUUGAAUUCAUCAUUCUCAUGUCUAUCCCCCUCCCAAGCUUUUAGUACUCCAAUGCUUUGUGAAAAGCGCGUUAAACUUUAUUUAAGAACAUAAACUGUUCCUCUUUGUUACAAUAAA